AUGGCUGGCGGAAUCAUCUUCACGGUCUUGCUCCAGCGGAAGAUCCCGACCGGGAAGACGUCGAAGAGCAUGACUCUGCGCUUCGAGAUUCUGAAAUCUGUCCUGGCUACAGCUCUCUGGCUUUGGCUGCUACUGGAUGCUAUCUUUGGUCCUCGAGAUCACUAUAGCUACUAUAAGGAUAGGUCGCAGCGUAUCAUGGUAGCAGCGAUCUCAUCGCUGUUGUUAUUCAUCUUGUACUAUCCUACCGUUUGGCUGGCGUACAGAGAUACGGCGCGAGAGGCACCUAGCUCCGACGAUUCAGGAGACGAGCGCACUCCAUUGCUGAACGAUGCAUCUGCCUGA